ACGAGCAAUGACAGGGUGAUUCUGAUAGAAUCGCUUGAAUAAUUGCGUCGAAAUGGUUGUACAAUGCUGCUACGCUCUCGUGAUGUGCUACGCCACCGUGAGUGAGGUAGAUGAAACUCGAAAGACGCGCGCGAUUCGCAGUUGGCAGGCCUGUUGCUCCAAGUCUCGCGCUCGCGACGACACGGUCGCGAAAGAGAGACGGUAGUAUUCGGUCUACACAUUUAACCAUCGCAUAUCCGAUUCACCGUGUGAGGCCCCGUUGCAAGUCGGGUAACCGAAAUGUACGUACGUCGUGUUCCGCGAACGACGUAGCGCCUUCGAGACGUCGUUGUCGCCGAGCACGGCCUAGUUCGGCUCGGAGUCCUCUCGUCUCGCGAUUGUAUCGAGGCGUAUCUGGCGGCCUCCCGAGUGGUGUGCGUUUCGCGGCGGGAUACGGCGGGAUACGGCGAGAGGGACAGGGAGUGAGUGAGUGCGCGCGCGCGCGCACUCUCUCUCGUGUGUGCUCGCGCCUUCCACCGUCGCGUUCCUGGGACGACGCUCGCCGACUUCCCGACUCGCGCCGAGUGUAUGCGCGAACGUGUUGGUGUUGUUUAGCCGGCGGUGCGCCUGAUACGAACCUAGAGCUGCGUGUGAGAAGCGAGAUAUCGAAGGAGAGAUCGCUCGUCACGCGACUCGCGCGGGCUAAGAUGCCCGACUUAGCUGCUGCCAGCAACGUCAGCAUCGAGGCAGCUAGACCGCACCGAGGCACUCGGGCCGUGCGUACUCCGUUUUUCGCCAGCGCGCCGUAGGUCCGUUCGCGUCCUCGACUUGACACUCGUACCGCGGCACUCGCUCUCGAGAGCAGUGUUAUUUUUAUGGUUGUCGCCAGGGAGCAUGCUUGGGAUUCCGGAGGGACAUUCGCUUGAGAUACGACGAAACGCUUGGACGAACGUACAGUAAUAGUUUCGACAAGUUUCAGUGUCUUACGGAACCUUGCAACGAUUCAUCACUAGUGACGCAAGAUCCUACGGUGUAUCUCGUAGUUGUUGCACUUGGAGAAUAAUCUCAUUAUUCUCAAGCAGAAACAGUCUGACGCUGCAUUUGCUCGCAUUACUCAUCUGUACAUGGUUUUAAAGCAUACCAGUCCUAGGCAGUCGCCAAUGUUUUCCUAGGAGAACGGAUUCGACAGAGCUCUCUUGGUUCUUACCAAUGUCAAUUUUAUAAGAGAAUAGAGUCAAAUACUCUGCCAAGAUGUGCGAACAAACAGAAAUCAAUUACCUGGAUGGAGAUGUUGUUUGGGUCAAGUUGGGAGCGUGCUGGUGGCCUGGUCAAGUCAUCGGACUCAAUAAUUUGCCAGAAGAUGUACAAACUGAAUUUCGAAAGAAACCGUUAAUAGCUGCUGUCAAAUUUUUUCAAGAAGACACCUAUGAAUUUGUGAAAAAUUACCAGCAGAUCUACAAAUACAAUUGUACGCUUAAAGAUGAAUUUAUCAAAAAGGGUAUGGAUAAAUAUAGGACCAAGAGUAAAGACGGUGCCAGUUAUAUGGACAAGUUCCCAGGCGACGUGGAGAUGGCGGAGAAGUUAACGGGAGGAGAUCCUGCUAUAUUGAACCAGGAGAAAUUUUGUCCUGAGGAGAAACCGGAUAUCUCAGCUUUGUUCGGUGAGAAGAAAAUUCCGAAAAAGAAACGCGAUCGCGAGGAGGGACAUAGGCGGAGCGAUGGCAUGGAGAUGGCGAAGAAGAUUACGCACCCGCGCUUUUUACGUGGCGAGAGCGAUCACGAGGUCCGCAUUCGUCAGCAACCCAACAGUUUACCGUCGACUCCGACUAACGUAGGUUCCCCGGUUUAUCGCUGUCACUUCUGCGAGUUCACUUCCUCGCGCGUUAACGUUAUCAUUUGUCACAUAAAAAGUCAUCGAUCCGGUGACUCGCCAAUACCACAGUUAAAGGUAAAAAUGUACUCUCCGUCACGUGGUAGAAUUUCCGAAACAAGCACGCCGAAACGAAAGUACGUGAAGAAAGAUAAAAGCCAAUCGAGUAAAAAGAAGACGGAGAAUAAGCUGGAAUCGGUCAAACGGAAGCACUCGAAACCGAGCGACAAGUCCAAUAAGAAGAAGAAGACCGAUCCGGAAUUGCGGGAGAAGUUGUUGGCCGAUUGGGAUGACGAAUCGGACGAAGAAACGAACGUUGAUGCAAGUAAUUCCCUUAAUAGCAGGUUGAGCAAUUUGCCCACAGAGAAUCUGUCGAGCGGCGAUGAUGUCGGUAACAAGGAUUACAGUGAAAAGAAUGCUGGUGCUGCGGAGAAUAACGAGAUUAUAGCAGAAACGGAGAAACUACUUAAGGAAACCGAACAGUUGUCCUCAAUCCACAUGAUGCGGGAUUCAUUGGACAGCUUGCAUACCUCGAAGAAACAGUUUAAUUUCGACAAAAAGUCCGACUUUGAGAAUUCCGGAAAGGUUGCUACCAAGGCUGAUGGCAGAUCUAAUGAAACGCCAAACAAGUCGCAAAAGAGAGACACCUCGAGUUCCGAUAGUGAGAGCAAACACGUUUCCGAUAAAGAUGACAAAAAGUCGCGGCUGUCAUGCUUCGAUUUCGAUGAGGAUGAUUUGAGCGAGCCGUCUAUACCGCCUGUACGAAAAAUUCCCAGAGUUUUCGGCGAGAAGAAUUUGAAAAAGGAAAUUAUCAAGGAAUUCGAAAUGAGUCAAGCUCUGAAAAAUGAAAUUAAAAGAGAAGCCGACAAAGUAUCCGAAUUGGGUAAAAAUGUGGAAUUAAAAGCUGAGGAAAUAAUGGAAAUAAUACAAGGUAGGGACACUCGAGAGAAGGAAGACAAAGUAGACAAAAAGCGUAAUGAGAGUGUACAAGAAAAAACAAAAAUGAAACGAUCUGAUGAAGUUAAAAAGGAAGAAAAGAAAAGUACGCGAUCCGAGAGUAAACAAAAGUCAAAUGUUAACACUCGCGAAACGGAGCUAGAGAUUGCGAAGAUACUUGAAACUGAGAAGAGAGAUGGUGACACUGCUCAUUCUUCGAAUGCUGCAAAGGGCCUGGAAAGGAAGUCGAAGACUAUGUCCGAUGUAUCGGUAAAAAGAGAUGAAACAAGUGUCAAGUCCAGCGAUGAAAAAUUACAGUCUGAGAAAACUGAUUCGGAGGAUGCGAUCGCGGAAUCUAAUGACAAUGCUUCGAUGAAAGAAGCAGACGACACUUUGUCGGAACGAUUUACCACGGAAACGGAGGAUGAGACCGUGUCCGAAUCCGCAGAGACUUUGCCUGAACAAAGCGAAACUUCAGAUGUCGACUUGUUAGACCGAAGUAUCGAUAGUUCCUCGGGUCAGACGCUAGUUAAAAGAGGAAGAGGGCGACCGCGUAAGAACGCGAGAUCGGCUAGCAAGAAUACCCGUAUGGACAAAACUCCAAAGACUAAAGCCAGCAGAGGCAACAAGAGAAUUCGCACGAGCGGAAGGAUUGAGAUGGAACGAAAGACUUCCGAUUCCGACACAGACCGUUCGUAUAGCGGUAGGAGACGCAAGCCAAACAAGAAGUACUUGGAAUCCGGCAUAUACGUUCAAGAUCCUGAUUAUAGAGCGUUUAGGACUGACGAGAGCCAAUCUGAGAGUGAGACUAAAGCUUCCGAAAGAACCACGAGCAAAUCUAGAAGAGGUAGACGUUCCAAGGUUGACAAGAAGAGCAACGAACUCAUCGCUCAGAUGGAUAAGCAAGAGAUAGAAGUAUCCGAUCAAACGUCAACUGUUGCUGAAAACAAUGUUAGCUUCUUAUCGAUUGAUAUAAAAAGCAAAUCACCCGAGGGUAAAAAGGAGAUCUUUUCCGAAGGAGAAGAGAGGAAAACAGUAGAGGUAAAGCGCGAUAUACUCGAGGAACGAGUCAAAUCUUCGGAUCAAGUAGCUACUGUAAAAGUUGAUACGGAUGUGUCUUUGAAAGAUGUAGAAAUGACAACGUCGUGCCAGAAGUCAGAAGCUACGGAUAAAAUAGGGACAGCAGAACUUGGUAUGGAUAAAACUGUGAAGAAAUUAUUUGAAACUGAGAGGAAAGAAGAUUUGUCAAAGCAACGUAAAGAUAUCGAAGAUUACGUCGAGAAGCCGUCGAUAGUACAGCAAACUGAAGAUACUGCCGAUAAGGCAGGUGACAUGCAAGAUGCCCUGAAAACGAACGUGGAUAUACUGCCACCAAAAAAGUCUCAGAUAAAAAAAUUUGAAUUGUCACAAAUAGAUUUUUUGGAUGCAAAUGUUCAAGGUAAUAAGAGCGCGGAAACUGAACCUGUAUCUGAACUUCAAUUUGAAACUAAAUCUGAACUUGAACCCAAGCCCAAGUCUGAGAGCGCGAUAACUGAGCCCGAGUCCGAGGCUCAACGUAAAGUUGAAUCUGAAUUCGGGGCUCAGCCCGACUCUCGGAAUGCCGUUGAAGAGAAAGUGAAGAAAGAAGAUGAGACCAAGACGGCGGUGAGCACGGUAACGGACGAAAAAAUUGGUAUAAUUUCCGGUGAGAAAACCGAGAACGAGCAGCGAAAUAGCCUGAAGAGUUCUGAGCUGCAGACAAAACUAGUCGAAUCACACGUAAAAGAGCAAGAGACGCAAUCGACGGAGCAAGUACCGCCGGAUGUCAAUCAGGAUGUUAAAUUAAAGUCGCCGAAAAAAUCAUCUGACGCAGACGUCGCGAGAAACACAUCAAAAAGUCCAACGAAAACGUUAGUCGAACAACAAUCGACACCUAGGAAAUCUUCGAUACAAACGCGAUACAAAGGAAGAUUUACACCAGAAACAGGUAAAGGGAGAAAAGACAAGGAUUUAUUUUUGGAAGAGAGACCAGCCAAUACAUUCCAGGAGGCUUUCUUAAAGACUUUACAAAUGGACAAGAAGAAGGUUAUAGUUGAAAACGUUGAGGUAUCGCCUAAAGGGAAAAAGGAGAAGAAGGCGAUCAAGCGGAAGGUUGAAGAGAUCGAUGCGAGUAUUGCUGGUGCAGCUGCACAAAGUAAAAAAAUUGACACUGUGAACGAAGAUUUGGAGAUCUCGGAAAAUAUUCAAAUCGGAGAAAAUGUCCCGGUUGUGAGCGAGGUUGAGAAUGUUGAGGUUGUUGUCGAAGAAAAGAGUGAGAUUGACACUAAAAUUGGAGUUGGUAUACUCGAGUCUGACGGUCAUCAACUUGGGUCGUCGUCCAGCGAAUUUGUUAGUGUGUCUAAACCAUUGCUUCAAUCGGAAACACUUCCCAACUCGGAAAAUAACGCCAAGAGUGUCUCCAGUGUCAAAAAAUUGGAUGACAUUUCGAAAAUGUUGACAGCAGCCACGUCACCUUUAUCGUCUGACAUCAGUGUACCGGUAAAAAAGCGUGAAAUGCCGCGAAUAAUAGAAAGUGUAACAUUGACUGAGCCGGUCCAAAUUCUGAAGACAAAGUCGCACGAUAAGAUACCACAGAAAGGAGUGAAGCACAAGCUGGAAGUGGACGCUGUGAAAAAGAGCGAUCAAAAGAGCGGUCCCAAGGCAAAAAUAAUAAAAAUAGAGACUUUACCAUCGAAUAGCAAGGUGAAAACUGCUAUAAAAUCCAGCCCGCACAUGACUCUGACGAAAAAGCUUCAAGUAUUAAAGACAGAGGAGACAGAAGCGCUUCUGGAGGCACAGAGUAAGGAACAAGGCUCAGCCACAUCCACGCAGACUGUCGUGACCACGCCGGUAAGAGAGAAAUACGUGCAACAAAGUGCUCAAAGUCUCGCGGACAUGGAACUGGACAUUAACUCGAUGCCGUUCGUCCUCAGCGAGGACGUGCUGACGCCAGAGAGCAUCGAACAAAUGCCCGUCGUUAUAUCUUCCAUUAUACCAGCUUCCAGCUCGAUCCCAGCCACGCUCUCCUUUACUCCGACCACGCAGAUAGUGUCGCCCACCCAGCAGGCUCAAUUCAAGAUCGCGAACGAGGCUACCUCGGCGGAAACGUCGCCGACAAAGAAGAAGAGCGGUGUGCCAGCGAUAUUGAAGACGAAGAGCAAAGCGAAGCCAACAAUCACGAACGUUAAACCGCUGGUACCACCACUCACCGGUGGUGUGAAGGGUUUGAAAUUUCAGAGCGCUCAACCGGCCGGUAAAACGCCAACCCUAUUGACGCAGAAGGGUGCCACGCCAGGAAAGUAUGUCGUCGUGCAGACGGCGGGUAGCCAACAACUGCGUUACAGCGUUCAAGGCAAGUCUGGCACGCAACAGAAAAUUGCUAUUCCAACUGGCGGCAAAGCGGCAGGCAACGCGCAAGUGAUUCAACAAGGUGGCAAAGUCGUAAUAUUGACGUCGGGACAGUCCUGCCAGACCAAGAUGGUGCCGCUCAAUAUUUCCAAGACUCUGAGCGGCAAAGUACAGAGGAUCGUAACGGGCAAAGGUCAGCUGCUGUGCCCGAUUAGUCCGCAAGGUAAUAUAAUCGCUACUAAGACUCUCAUCACGCCAAAGGCCGAUACCGUCGCUGCCGCUGGCAGCUCACCUACUACCUCCAAAUUGGCCACUAGUAGUCUGAGUAGUCCCAAGAUCAUUAAUACGCAGGGCAUAAUCACGUCCAAGGGCGUGCUUACUCCGAUUUCAGGUACUAUCGCUAAGACAGCAUUAUUGGGCACAUUGUCCCAGGGCAUUCUCACGAAAGAUGGCAUCUAUACCCCGAUCAGCGCUUCGGCUUUGAGCGGAAAGACGAUAAUCGGCUCGAAGGCUCUAGUUACGAAGGGUGGCGCGACUCUCUUGACUUCCCAAGCUCAAAAUCUAAGUGGUACGAAAGCGAUCUUGACACCGGUGUCUCAAACCAUCACCGGUAAAACGAUAUUGGGCACGCAAGCUGUCGUCAGUAACAAAGGUACCAUUCUGACGCCGAUAACCGGGCAACAGGUCAAAGCCAUUGCCGCAAAGAGUCCGGUUAAAGGCGGCAAGGUGCAGUAUCAGCUACAGCAAAAGGCAGUACAGCUGCCGGUACUGCAGCAAAAGUCUCCGCCGAAGAUGUCGAUCGCGGCAGCAGGCUCGCAAACAAAGACGUCCGCGAAAUCAUCAGCGGGCAGCACGAUGAUUCUCCAAAACACUGCCAACGCCGGUGCGGCGUCUCAAAAAACCUUAUCGCAGGGCAAGAAGAUUAUUAAACAAGUGUUGGUACAACCAGGUGCCACCAUUCAGGGCGUCGUUUCGCCGAGCGGUACGCAACAAACGGUAACGAUGGUGCAGCAAAUGCAGCCGAAGAGCAAAGCCGCUGCGUCGCCAACUGUGCAGAAAGUCAUUAUUCCUCGAACCGGCAACCGCCAGGUGAAAAGUCAGCAAAAGCUCGUCGUCCAGAAAGUGCAAGAGCCACUUGUGUCGGCGGUGCAGCAAGCGAAGCAGACGGUCAUCGUGACCGCCGCGACCAUCACAACUGCCACGGCCGCCGUCAGCCCCAUCAGCCCCGUCACCUCCGUUACCUCCUUUACCGCCUCCAAGACGGUCGCCCGGUCGUCGAAACAGACGGCUCUCGCGACUUCGAAACCCUCCGGCAAAUCUCAAGCCCCGAGUAAGGCGCAGAAAAAUCUGUUGAACAUCGCUGUGAACUCAACGAGCACCGCCACCACGUCGAACGUGAAUGUCGCUGCAACUACUUUAUCUUCGUUAGAGUCAUUCGGUGCGGAGAAGAAGGCAAAGCUGGCCGGUCUUCCGGACACCUCCCCACGGAAAGAGCUGGCUAAGGCUGAGAAACUGCAAACUGAAAAGGGCGACGCGGAAAAAGCGGAGGAGCCGAAAGUCGCGGCGCAGCCUCAGAUCAUGGCUCUGCCGACGGAAAGCAGCGAUGGCACGCAAACCUACGUAUUGGUGACGAUAGACGAACAAGGACAGAUACAGCCGCUCGAUAAUAAUGCUCUCAUGUCGUUGGAAGGAACCACGCAGAACCCGGACGGCACGAGAACCUUGUACAUAGAUCCUAGUUCUCUGGGAGAGGCCGGGACACUAGACAACAUUGUUCUUCAGUUCGACAACAGCGUCUUGCCGAAUAUUCAGACGAAUGCGACAGAGGCUAGUCAGGCGGUGAUCGCAAGCGAGAGUUUUCCCGCAACGGAGGUGAUACAAACGUCCAACCAGGACAUCCUGGCGGCUGCUCUCGCUAACACGGACUUUCAGCAGGAGAUCAGUUUGCCGGAGAAUCAAGCGGGCAGCGUAAUGACCCAGACCGGACUGACUCAGACGAGUCUCAUCAAUCAGACGAUACUGCAGUCAACCAUCAUACCACCCACGGAACCGAUAUCUUCGCCCUCGGUGCUGGAGACUUCGCUGACUCUGAAUCAACCGAUUAUGACGCCGCUCGAGGUACCGAGCAAUCUGCCGAUUCAGUCGACGGACUCGACUCCCACGUCGGUGGUCUCCACUAUCCCGUCCUCCCUCGAGCUACCGAUCACUAUUACAAAUCCUAGCAUCUCCUACAUAUCCGCCGCAGGCGAGACACAGAUUCAGAUCCCCGGCAACUCAAUGCCGGACAUCGGUGAGAUUAUGGAGAGUGGCCCGGUAGCGACGGUAACGAGCGGGGAGAUAGCUCGCACCGAGAUUCCCGCGAGUACUCAGUACUUGGUGAUUCCGAAUCUGGAGGAGAAUAUCGCGGCCGCGGAAACGCAGAACGUGCAGAGCGCCGAGAUUGCGCUCGCACCGUCGACCUCGUACACGGUCGCUAUGACAGACGGCAUAGUUUUGGAGAACCCGCAGGUACAAACUACCCCGUCGAUGCCGAUUAUCGACGAUGCAUACGCGGAUAAUUCGCAAUUAGCCACUACGAUCGUUACCGAGCAGACGUUCGUGGCAGAUGUGCCGGUAUCGGAGAUACAGGACAUGACGGUGACGGUUCCGACCUCUCCGCAGAAGCCGAUCACGUCGAUCAACAAAAACGUGGACGAGGAGCAGCCUACGACGUUGCAGGAGGUUUACACUUGUCGGCAAGUUGCCAACACAUCCGAGGAGUUGAUUCUGCAAUCGGCUGACGAAGAUACAGCCUCGAGCACGAUGGAAGUUAUUCCGAGAGAAGAAGUCGUCGAGAUUGGGAAUAAGAAGAGCGAUGCUUCGGCAAACGAAACCACCUUGAUCACGUCCGAAUCUAAUUCGCAAAUAGAAUCGAUACAACAAUUGAGCUUUGAGGUGACAGACUCGAGCGAGCGCAAACUCGCGAGCGAGUCACACGAGGCAAACGCGACGGACAAACUGAAACGGCUGACGGUCUCUGAAGAAGUUGGUGGUAAAGCUACGUUGACGGACCAGCAGGUAGCAGGCACGAACCAAGAGAAGAUUCGAGCAGCAGCGCGAGUUCUGUCGGCCGAAUCUAUGGAGUUGGACGAGGCGGUCAAACCGGAUCUGUUUGCCAGAAGCACGACCGGCAAGCAGGAUGUGGAGGAUUGUCAGAGGGACGAGCCGUCGUCGCAGGAGGAAACGGACAGACGUCGACUGCGCCAGAGCAUGGAACUGCGAUUCGAGGAGGAGGAGGAGGAGACGAUGAUCGUGGAAGCUAGUCAAGAGACGCCUUCGCAGUCUCAGUACGAGCGGUUCAACGUCUCGGUCAGCAGCGACUCGACGGAUCUACCUAGUCAAUCCGCCCCCACCAAGUUGGAGAGUUCAUCGGGCGAGGCCACACAGUCGAUCGCGUACGAGCCGAUGGAGACGGACGAGGAGACUGUCGUAGCGGAACCACCGUCUCAGUCCUUCGAACAUACACAGAGCACGAACGAAGCGUCCCAGUCUUACGAGGCCUCGGCGGAAUCCAAUGUAAACGCGCCGACGCAAUCAUUCAACGAGAUCGUACAGAGUCAGGUCGUGGAGCGACCGAGCGCCGACGAGGCGAUCGACGAUCAGAGCUUCCCCACGCAGAGCUACGAAGUCGACAAGGGCGAGAGCAUGGCGGAGAAUCUGGAAACCGAUGCGGAGAUGAGUCAGGAGGGCAAUAUACCGUCGCAGUCGAACGACGUCGGUGCCGAUGGUAUCGGCACGUCGUCCGUGUCGACAAAUAAUUCCGGAUUGAACGAGGACGAGACAGCGAGUUCGUCCUACGUGCCGGAGACACCCGAGAACCAGGAGCGCGAUCAGGAUCAAGAGAGCGCGAUAAGCACGUCGUCGUACGAGAUACCGCCGUGCGAGGAGCUCAACAUCGCUUCGUCCAGCGUGAUACCGGACACGUCGGUCAGCGCGGAGCAUACCAGCAUCCACGACAACGGCGUCCCGGAGAUUCCGACCUCUUCGUCGUACAACCUGAAUCCCGACAUCACGUCGACCCACCACGUGGACUCUGUGCCUACGUCCAGCUACGAGGGCCAGGUGAUAGUCGAGCAGAACGUAUCGACGUCGUACGAGGUGCCGAUCUCGAUGCCCGGCCUGGAAGAGACCUGCUCGCAAAACUUUGUCACGGAGAGCAGCGACCGUCAUCGGAACGAGCCGUCCAGCUAUUACGCUCACCACCAGGAAGUGACGGCGAGCUACUACGAGUCCGUCGAUCAGGACGCCAACUCACGUUUGGAGGAGGAUCCGCACGAGGAGCAUGUCACGCCCGGUGGCUACUACGAGGGUAAUCCCCAGGAGGUGAGUCAGAGCUACUUCGCCCCGGCCGAGGAGACGCCCAAUUACACCAGUCAUGGCAUCUCGCCCGGCUAUUACGACCCCAACAGACCCGAGAGCGAGGCGAGUCAGAGCUACUACUCCACGGACGAUCUGGACGGCAAGACCGAGCAGUAUCGGGAGCGACCGAGCGAACUCAGACUGAGGCAGCAGGGUGAGGCUACUCCAACGUAUCCCGAGGGGGGAUACCCGGUCGACUAUACUUUGGAGAACUCGCCGAUCGAGAGGCAUGAUCUUGUCGAGAGCUCGGUGCCAGCUACUAGGCCUAUGGACAGGUAAUAUACUGCGCGGGGGGUAGUGGUAACGACACGAGUUUCCACUUGAAAUAGACUGUCGGGCGCGCGCCGCCCGCACACAAACUCUUGAAUCUAUUUUUUAAUGUAAAUAUAACGCGUUAAGUUAAUUAUAGUAAUAUUAAGUAAGCGCUUAGACUUGUAGACUACAGUGAAAUUUCGCGUUAGAUUUUAUCGCUAGGCUCUUAUUAGAUGUACAAUCGAAUGCACUCACGUACAAGCACGCGUGCAUUUAUGCAUACUGAAACGAAAACGAAAAAAAUAAAAUAAAAAACACAAGAGGAAAGAAUUACGAGUGUAAUCGUAGGAUAUGGAUUAUAGGAUUCGAUAUUAUCCAAUACACAGUUUCAUCAAAAUAAUCUUGCAGUCUUCAUUUUAUCGUCAUCGACGUUUGAUAUGUGACGAAGAAAGAGGGAAUGUCCAUACAAUCGCUAAACGAAGGAAAGCAGGCUAUUUAUAUAUAAAGAAUACAUAUAUCAUUAUUCUUUCUUUGGAGUAUCAUAAAGAUUCAUGUCGGAUGAACGAUUGUCGAUUUCCGUCAAUAUUUCUGUCUGUCUGUCUGUUGCUGUGUGAGUGAGUGAAUGAGUGAGUGAGUGAGUGUGUGUGUGUGUGUGUGUGUGCGUGCGUGUAUGUGUGUGUGUCUACAAUGGAGCAAUGGUGAAAAUUGCGCAAUGGUUAUCGCACGAUAAAGAUUUCUUUCGUCGUGUCGUGAUAACGAGUGUAACGGUGGUUAAACCAAUUUCAUACUAUAUCGCGGAUCGCGACAAAGGAAAAGUCAUAACAUCCUAGAAUUUUACCAUUGUUCCGUAAUGUCAUGUAACGUAAGCAGUCGUUCAUUUGUAACAGUUGUAAGAGCUCAUGUGUGGUUGUUUAAAAGAGAACGGAACCGUAACAAGCCUAAUGGAGGUCCUGAUUUUGCUCUGUAAAUCUUCAAUAUUAACCGAGACUGAUAAUGCUCUCGCUUGUUUUAUUCACUCCCUUGCAUCUGUGACAGCCGUUCGGUUUGCUAUGGCUCUGCUGAGAAGCAAAGAGCACAAUAUUUCUGACUAUAUAUUCAUAACGAUGUACACCCUACAACUCGAUGAAAACGCGAGAAACGGGAACUCUUGGUCUGUCGUUUAAAGACUUAACUUUCCCGAAUAAAUUGUGCCUCGCUUUGCUCAAUGUCAACAAUGUAAUUUGUUAAAUAGCGAUUUAUCAAUCGCAAUGUAGAAUGUGCAACGCUCUGAGCGAAACGAGGGUCAUUAUUUAGCUUAUGUUUUAGUUUAUAGUUUAUACACACACACACACACACACACACACACACACACACACACACACGCACACAUACAUGUAUAUGUAUAUACAAAAAUUAAAAUGUGUUUAUUAUUUUACUUAUAUAAAGAAUACCUUGCUAAUGAAGCAAUCGAUGAGAAGAAGACGAGUAAAAGAAGUUGAUUGUUACAAAAUCGUGUUUGAGACGUGCCUAAGUUAAUCUGGAGAACGUUUAUAAACGCGAAGAAAUUGUAAUUGCGUGGUAUGGUAGAAAUAAUUCUUGAGGAUUUUUGUACAAUCUUCAAGCAAGACAGAUUUACCAAAAUGUCAUAACAAAAAUUAUAUUCUUUAUUAUAAUCUCACGUUAUAUAAAAAUAAAUCAAUGUUUUUAUUUCUCGUGGCGUUUUUAAUUAUGGUUACGCGUGUAUAUAUUAUGUUGAUAUUGGGAGAUAAAAAGUGUGUAUUCUCAUGUCAAACUUGUACGAUAUACUGUCAUUACGUGCAUCGCAAAAAAAAACCUGAGAAAACUUCAAGGACGGACUGAAUUGUUAUUGUUCUGUAAUUAGUUUUAAAUUCUUUUGAUAUAUAUGUAUAUUUAUAUGCAAGUGUACGUAUGUAUCAAAGAAGUUACAUUAAAAUUUGUGUAUAUUUGCAGACGCAAGAUUGAAAAGUAUAACUACAUUUUUUUCUAUCAAAAAGUGAAGAGAAAUCUUUCUGAUACAUAUAUAUGAUAAAGUAUGUAUUUGUUGACUUUAUUAAAUUCAUAAAUGGUAUAAAGUGAUACUGACGAAUAGAAUAGCUCUCCUCUGCGUUUCAUGUCGAUAAUAAUCUAAUAUUUUCAACACUAACAAUAUCAUCUAUUUACAUUUAUUUCUAUUGUGUGCACCACAUACACUUGUAAUUAAGAAUAAAAUAAAUAUACGAGUAUUUACAUAA